CUCGCAAAUCCCUGCCACUCACUUUCCCCCCCAGUGGACUGCGUCGUGAGGAUCCAGUGUGUUCUGCACUGAACCUGCAGUGGUAAAACGUCUGGCUGUUUCCCUUUCCCUGGCCCCAAGUCGCUGGAGAGGAUGGGUGUGGACGAUGAGGUUGACUUUGUGGAGGGCGAGAUGGAGGUGGACGAGGCCGCGGCCGAGGGGGGGCAGCAGGAGGAGGAAGAGGAGGAGAUACCCGAACUCACCGAGGAAGAUAUCAUCGACCGGUCAGUCAGCCAGCCGCGUGCAGGAGACGGGGGAACACACAGACAGACACAGCGGGCGGGUGGAGGGAGAAACGUAUGUGUUCAUUGGGUCAUUUGUCUCCCCUUUUGUCUGUCUGUCUUUGUCUGCUUGUCAGGCUGAAUGUGGAGGAUUUGCUUGAGGAGGGCAUGGAGGGGGUGGGGGAGUUCUUUGUCAACUCGUCCAACUUCGUCCGCAUGGGCUUGGUGCCUGCGGAUGAGCCCGAGAGCGAGCCGCUGGCCUUCAAGUACUUCACCAAGCAGGAGGCCAUGCAGGAGGUCCAAAGAGUGGGAUUCAACUCAGACUGGCACGAACACUCGGACGUCCUCAAGGUGGGUCACCGGUAUGAGCCACAGGCGGACAGAAAGAGCAGCCCUUUGGUGUCAUCAGAAAUGGUCGUUGGAGCACCUGCUGCUGAUACGUGACCCCAACCGCAUCUACGGGCAAAACUACGCCUGGCCACACACACCCAAAGCGUUUCAAAUGCUCAAACAAGUAUCAACCAGAGAGGGGUUGCCGUCAAUCUGCGCCACAAAGCCUGGUCUCUCUCCUUCGGUCAGCGGAUAGACGAGUUGAAGCAGAAGGUGGUGGACGACUACUAUGCGCAGAUGAAGGGCGGCCGGGCUGGGGAGGGGGAGGAAGAGGCAGAGGGCGCCGAAGCCGUCGAUGAAGAUGCCCACAUCGUGGUCAAGGACGAGCCCAUCGCUCCCCAGCCAUGGCAAUCCGACACGGCAGAGGAGACGGCUCGUGAGGUGGCUCUGCUGCAUCUGCCGGGGGAGGAGGGUGUGGAUGGUGGCAAAGUGAGCCGGCGUCGGUAUAAGGUGGUCAUCAGCAGGAAGAGACAGCACUUCGGUGCUCAGAUGCGGUUCAACGACUCUGCUGAGAACAUCCACUCGUGCAGGCCGCAGAAGGACCCCAACUACGCCCUUCAUCGGAAGGAGCUCCACCUGGGCAUACAGGCGGUGCCCACCUACUGCCAGCAGAACACACAGACACCCUGGUUCAGACCUGUCAACUCCAGCUCACAAUACAACUCCGAUGACUUCCUAGUACACUGCACAUAUCAUCCAUCAGCAAUCCAAUCCGCUGUCCCGCCCACAAGACCCACAGACACGUAUGCCCCCUCUGUUUAUUGGUGCGUGCAGAAUCAGGAUUUAUACAGCGAGAAGGAGCUUGAGAGACUCAAUGAGUUCCUGUCGAGGGUGGCUUGGGGGUGAGUGAGUGACUAAGGGGCAGACAGGAAGGAAACAAACGGUCGCGUUGGCGCCUCGUUUGGCCUUGUGUCAGUGUGGAGGAGGCUCUGCAGCAGAAUGAGACAUUCGACAUAUACCAAGACGAAUUUGCUAACCUAGGUCGGCAGACACACCGAGCCCAUCCGUCGAUAUGUACAUACGUCUCUCUCACUCUUUCCUGUGGUGUGGUGUGCUCAGGUGAUGAUGAUUUGGGUGUUGGUGCUCGCAGUUCAGCGAGCAUUCGCGAGGUGCGCAACUUCCACGAUUUGACCUACUCGAAGUCAAAGCUGCUGGCGUCCAUCGACUGGCUUCCGGGGUGGGCGGGCACGCGGCUUGUGUGGAUUGCCGGGAGAGACAUGCAUUCUCUCUCUCUCUCUCUGUGUGUGUGUGUGUGUGUGUGUGUGCAGGUCGACGACUAUCGUGGCUGUGUCAUGCAUCGAGAAUAUGACGUUUGACGAGCAGGCUGAGCUGUCGGGCAAGGUAUAUAAGGCCAGGAGCAUGCCCCUCUGCUCAUGUGUGGAUGAAUGGUGUGUGCCAGGGUAACACGGCUGUGGUGCUAGUAUGGUCAUUUCACGACUUCAUCAUCCCCCAAGCCGUCCUCGUCUCACUAUCGGUCCGCACACACACAUACAGACACGAGUGUGUAGCUCCCUGGAUGUGUGGGUGUGUGCAAAAUGCAGGAUGUGAGUGUGAUUCGUUUCAACCCCCAGACGCCAAACCUCCUCAUUGGCGGAUGCAACUCGGGACAGGUGCACACCUGCACACGCGACAUAUGGUGCACAAGUCUGUAUGGAUGGUAUCUCCUUGCGUAUGUGUGGGUGUCGUGUGUGCAGCUGGUGAUGUGGCGCAUCGACAGUUCGCUCAUCGGCGGUGCGGGUGGCCAAAACGUCUCAAGACAAAACACCAUUGAGGACGACAGAUGUACGUAUGCGUGGAUGCGAGCAAUGGAGGAGGAAACUCACAGGAAAGGCGGCCUGUCUGUCUGUCUGUCUGUCUGUCCGUUCUCUAUUCAGCUGGCGGCAUUCCCCAUGUGCAUCAGCUGAUCGCCUCCUCGAUUGACGAAUCGCACAAGAAAACCGUCACCGGCAUACAGUCAGUCAACACACCACACACAGCAAAUCCAUUCAUCCAUCCAUCCAUCCAUCUCUCUGCGCCUGGCUGACUGAUGGUCCCCUGUUUUGUCUGUGCACACACACAGGUGGGUGCCUGAGGGCAUCGAAUUUGAGAAAAGGGGCCGAGUAAGCACACAUGACACACACGGCCACCACCGGAGGAUGGCGUGGUGCAUCCCUGAUAAUGAUGUUGUGUCGUGUAGAUGUCUUACAAGAAGGAGUCUGUCGGCCUCAAGUACGUGAUAUCCAUCGCAGGCGACGGCCAGCUGCUCAUCUGGGACCUCAACCAGGCCCUGCAAAAUGUCAGCAGUGCACAGAGAUGACCCUCUCCAUUGACACCACACGCACGGCUCUGUGUGUGCCAUCACAUCAGUACAGCGAGCCGGAUUUCGUGUGGAGGCCAAUUUUUCAUGUGCAGCUGCAGAGACAAGACUCGGGUACACUACACGCACGUUGCUGGCUGGAUGGAUGGAUGGAUUGUCCAUCCAAUCCACCUAUUGGUUGGUUUAGGUACCGAGAUGGGCUGCUGUGACCUGCUGCUGCCCCACUGCGACCCGGCCGACUUCUCGUGCUACUUCAUCAGUGCGACGGUACACACACACACACACGCAGAGCUCAGGGUGAGAGACAUGGUCUGCAGAUGCGUCUCGUCCCUGUGUGAAUGCAUUAAUGCGUGUGUAGGAGGAGGGCGAGCUCAUAUACGGCGACUGGGGGGCCAAGGGAGAGGAGGACAGAAAACCCGAAUACGUCAAAAAACUCCUCAAGGCAACAAAGAGCACACGAGAGAUACACACACACACAACUCAAGCGCCAGACGGCCUUACCUUGUUCACCUACUGUCGACCAUCCAUCCAUCCAUCAGGCGUCCAAGUCGUUUCGCCCUACGGUUGCGCUGGAGCGGUCCCCCUUCUUCCCCUCUGUGAUGCUGACGGUGACCGACUGGGCAUUCUACCUCUGGCGGGAGGGGACAUCACACCCAAUAUUCACCUCGCAAAGGCAGGGCCCCACCCACAGCACUGCACAUGAGACGAGACACACACUCGGCGACAUAUGCGUCUCUCUCUCUCUCUGUGUGUGCAGUUCUCCAUCUCAUUUUGCGACUGGCGUGUGGAGCACCUCCCGGCCCGGCGUGUUGUAUUUGGGCCGGAUGGACGGCAUUUUGGAGAUAUGGGACUUCUGCGACCAGUCGCACAAGCCCUCACUCACGCACACAGUCACCUCCGUCGCCAUCACGUCACUCGCCUUCCAAAAGACCUCCAAGAAGCCAGACGCACUCGCACAGCUGGUGGCUUCAGUCGGCAGAAUCAUUGCCUGCCUGCCUGGACGGACGGAUGUGUGUAUGUGUGUGUGUGUGGGUGCAUUGCAGGCGGUGGGUGACGAGAACGGCAACCUGCACAUCCUUGCCCUGCCCAAGAACCUCACCAAACAGGUCAGUCAGUCAGCCUGCCUGCCUGCCUGCCUUCCAGGGAGACGCACAGACACAAAUUAUAUAUGUCAUGUUUGCGGGUCGGUGUGCGUGCAGGCUGGCAACGAGAUGCGUACGAUGUCGGAUUUCUUUGCCCGUGAGGACUCGCGCGUCGAGUACUGCCAGGCCAAACUCACCGACCUCAGACAGGUCGAAACACACCACACACACCCACACCCACACGAGACACCCCUCCCUCUGUGUGUGUGUGUGUAGAUGGCUGAGGAGUUGGAAAAGAAGAAACAGAUGGACGGAGAACUCAUGGAAAUCACAGAAAUCGUAAGCAGCAUGCGUGUGUCACGCUGUGCCAUGCUGUUCGUGCGCCUGUGUGCAUGUCAUGUUGUCUGUCAUGUGUGUCCUCAGCGGGACGAUGAGGACAAGUUGCUGGAGAGGGCGGAGGCGGAGUACAGGGCGCUUGAGAAACAAUUCAAGGAGGCACUCGGGCUCUCUGACGAACCGCCCAACGGGGGCACACAGUAGACACACACACGCAGGCAGGCAGACAGGCUCACGGCCAUGCCAUGGACGGGCUGGUUGUUUGAAUCAAUCCAUCGAUGUGAUGUCUGUGUGUAUGGUUGCAUGAUCGAUUUGACAGACAGACGUGUAGCUGGGCUGGUACAUGUCUGUCUGUCUCUGCGUGAUUGAGCGCUUGACGUGACGACUAAUCAGUUACCUUCCCCGCCCACUCAUUGGUGUCCCCAGCUUUUUGUGUGUGUGUCAAACCAUGCACAUGAUGCAAAGAUGACCAAUCAAAGCGUUCCCAGCC